UGAAGACACCACAAGGAGCGGACAAGGACGAAGCGAUGGGAGGGUGGCGGCAGCUCUGGUGACACUUCUGUGAGGGGCAAAGAGUCACUUGUGAGGGGAAGCCGGAGGGCGCAGGCUGGGGGAGAGCGACCGAGGGAGGCGAGCAGAGGACCUCCGCGGGAACAUGCCGGGCGCACGCUGGCUGGCCGGGCUCAUCUGUCACCUCUGGGUUCUGCACAUACGCUCCUUGGAGAACCGGCUUCACCCCAAGCAAGCAAGUUUUGUGAAAACACUUUCAUCAUAUGAGAUUGUUAUACCUUCUCAAGUGGACAGUUUUGGGCAAGUGUUCCCUCCCAACCAUCAUUUCAGAAGAAAGAAAAGGAGUCUAGAACCUCACACUUUACAGCCUGUUGUGAACAGGACAUAUUAUCACAUUGCUGCCUAUGGCCAGCUCUUCCGUUUUAACCUCACCAAUGAUGCAAGCUUUAUUGCGGAUUCUUACAGUGUUAUCCACAUUGGAAACCAAAGCCAUGCCCUCCUCGACUUCUCGGACCUCAAGCAUUGUUUCCACAGUGGGCAUGUCAAUGGUCUGGAGGCACACUCAGCUAUCUUGAGUCUCUGUGGUGGCAUGAUUGGCACUUUUAAAGCACAUGAUGGCGAAUAUUUUUUAGAACCACUGAUGAAGUAUGAUGAUGAAGAGCAUGAUGAAGAUGAACACAGCAAGCCACAUCUUCUCUACAAAAAGCAAUAUAAAACUGAGAAAUCUUCAGGAAAAGCAAAUCCAAAGUGUCAUAUUUCAGAGUCUAAAAUGAAGGAGGAGUUGGCAUUAUUACAUACUUCAAGAAGCUUUGAAGAAGAUGUUAAUAUGUUUACAAACUCUGCACUUUCUAACAAUUUGCCACACAACGUUUCACAUAUCAGACGAAAACGCUUUAUUUCAUAUCCAAGAUAUGUAGAACUAAUGGUUACAGCUGAUGCAAAAAUGGUGCGCCAUCAUGGCAGAAAUCUACAACACUACAUUUUGACGCUUAUGUCAAUUGUUGCUGCUAUCUAUAAAGAUCCAAGCAUUGGGAAUCUCAUAAAUGUCUUGAUCGUAAAGCUAAUUGUAAUUCACAACGAGCAGGAUGGACCAGUAAUCAGCUUUAAUGCAGCCACAACACUUCACAAUUUUUGUGUCUGGCAAAGAACACAAAAUAUUCCUGACGACUCUCAUCCUUCCCACUAUGAUACAGCGGUUCUUCUUACCAGGGAAGAUAUAUGCAGAGCCAGUAAUAAAUGUGAUACUUUAGGAUUAGCAGAACUAGGUACAAUGUGUGACCCUCAACGGAGUUGCUCUAUCAGUGAAGAAAAUGGUUUAGGUGCUGCAUUCACCAUAGCACAUGAACUGGGACAUGUGUUUAACAUGCCUCAUGAUGACAGCUCAAAGUGCAAAGACAUAGGAAUUAAAAAUGAAUUCCAUGUGAUGUCAGCAGUUUUAACUUAUGACACAAACCCGUGGACCUGGUCUAAGUGCAGCCAGAAAUAUAUCACAGAGUUCCUAGAUACUGGCUAUGGAGAAUGUCUCCUUGAUAGGCCCAGUGGACGUGUCUAUGAUUUUUCAAAUCAGUUACCUGGUGUAAUAUACGAUGCCAACAAACAAUGUGAGCUGAUGUUUGGCAAAGGGUCACAAGUUUGCCCGUAUAUGAAACAGUGCAAGCGCUUGUGGUGCACAAGUACAGAAGGAAUGCAUAAAGGAUGUUUAACUCAACAUAUGCCUUUAGCAGAUGGAAGUGACUGUGGUCCUGGAAAGCAUUGCCGUCGGGGUCUUUGUGUAGACAAAGUAACGAAUGCCCGUACUGUGGAUGGUGAAUGGGGUCCUUGGGAGCCUUACAGCUCAUGCUCAAGAAGCUGUGGUGGUGGAAUCAAAACUUCUGCUAGAAAUUGCAAUCAUCCUGAGCCAAAAAAUGGUGGAAAAUAUUGUGUGGGAAGAAGAAUGAAGUUCCGAUCUUGUAACACUGAUUCUUGUCCCAAAGGAAAAAAAGAUUUUAGAGAUGUUCAGUGUUCUCAAUAUGAUGGCAAACAUUUCAACAUCAAUGGUCUUACAACGAGCGUACGGUGGAUCCCGAAAUACAGUGGCAUCCUAAUGAAAGAUCGGUGCAAGCUGUUUUGUCGCGUUUCUGGGACAUCAUCUUAUUACCAGUUAAAGGACAGAGUUAUGGAUGGUACACCUUGCGCACCUGAAACUGAUGACCUCUGUGUUCAAGGAUUAUGCAGGCAAGCGGGCUGUGACCAUGUUUUAAAUUCCAAAGCAAGAAAAGAUAAAUGUGGCGUAUGCGGGGGCGAUAAUUCAUCCUGUAAAACUGUAGCAGGAACCUUUACUAAAGCUCAGUAUGGAUAUAAUAUUAUCAUUAAAAUUCCUGCUGGGGCAACAAACAUUGAUAUUCAUCAGCACAGCUACUCUGGACGACCUGAUGAUGACAACUACCUGGCUCUGUCAGAUGGUCAAGGGAAUUUCGUUCUCAAUGGAAAUUUCGUAGUGAGCAGGUUCAAAAGGGAAGUAAAUGCCAGAGGUGCUGUACUAGAAUAUAGUGGUUCAGACAAUGUAAUAGAAAGAAUAAACUGCACUGACCGCCUCGAGGAAGAUUUCAUUCUUCAGAUCUUAUGUGUUGGAAAUUUAUACAAUCCUGAUGUUCGAUAUACAUUCAGUAUUCCUAUUGAGGAUAAAUUCAACCAAUUUUCUUGGAGCAGUUAUGGGCCGUGGCAAGCCUGCAACAAGAUAUGUCAAGGUGUUCGGAAAAGAAAAGUGACCUGUCAGCGUAAAAGUGACCAAGCAGUUGUCUCUGAUCAAAGAUGUGAAUAUUUAUCUCGACCAGAGCCCAUUACUGAGUUGUGUAACACAGAUUGCCAGUUAAGGUGGUUUGUCACUGGCAAAGGUGAUUGUUCAUCACAAUGUGGACCUGGACAUCGGUCGCUGGAUGUGCGCUGUAUCAAAUAUUCUUCUGUAAGAGGUCUGACCACACCUGUGGAAGAUAAAUUUUGUAUCAGCCAACCUAAGCCUCCAGUCAGUGAACCUUGCCAUGGAAACUGCCUUUUAACCAGCUGGCGAUAUUCAGAAUGGACCCAGUGCACCAGGACUUGUGGAAGAGGAAUGCAGACAAGAGAAGCUUAUUGCAUAAACAACUUUGGUCAUCGUUUGGCUGAUCGUGAAUGCAGUGAAGAACAAAGAGUAGUGACCCAGAGCUGCAAUGAACAUGCUUGCCCUGUGUGGACUAUUAGUGAGUGGAGCGAGUGUCUUGUGACAUGUGGAAAAGGCAUGAGACGUCGACAUGUAGCAUGCAUAAUGAACGAUGAACAUAUGAAAGAUGAUUAUUGUAAUUCAGACCUCAAACCUGAGUCUGUGAUGUCUUGUGAGCUUCAGGAAUGUGCUUAUUGGCAUGUUGGAUCUUGGGGGCAAUGUUCGGUUACUUGCGGACAAGGCUACCAGUUCCGUACAGUAAAAUGCAGUACCGGAACCUAUGGGGUUUCUUUGGAUGAACGGGAUUGCAAUGCAGCAUCUCGACCUACAGAUAGUCAGGACUGUGAAAGAAUUCCUUGUCCAACACACCCUCGCACAUACCCCACCAUCUCCCUCACAGAUCAAAUACAAAAGAAUGCACAGUGGCGAUACGGGUCAUGGACACCAUGUUCCGCUUCAUGUGGAAGAGGUAAUCGUGCUCGCUAUGUGAGCUGUAGAGAUGCGCUUGGUGGUGUGGCUGAUGAGACUUUUUGUGUCCAUUUACCACGUCCACCUGAAGUUUCCAGCUGUUUUACAUCCUGCGGAGAGUGGAAAUCUGGAGACUGGUCUCCUUGUCCAGUGACUUGUGGAAAAGGAACUGUUAUAAGACAAGUUGUGUGUGCCAGUUAUCAUGGAAGAAUUGAAGAUGAAAACUGUGACCCAGAGAGCAAACCUGUAAAAGAGCAAGAAUGUAAUAUGACACCAUGCCAAACAUUUAACCAAUUUCCUGGUAAUCAUGAUCAUCCAAUGAGAUUUCCACAUCCUGAGAGCCCUGAUACAAGCAGCAGAGACAAGCCUGCAAAUCAUCUAAACCAAUGGAGGACUGGACCGUGGGGCGCAUGUUCAAGCACAUGUGCCGGUGGUUUUGAACGUCGAGUUGUAGUUUGUCAGGAUACAGAAGGAAGGAUUAGUCAUUUUUGUGAUAAGACAACAAAGCCUGCUGAUUCCAGACACUGUGAUUCUGGGCCUUGUCCUCGUUGGAAUUAUGGAAGCUGGGGUGAGUGUACUCUAACAUGCGGAGGGGGAAUGAGAACAAGAUUGGUGAUAUGCCAGCUGACAACUGGGCAAGUUCUUGAUGAUCAAAAUUGUGAAAUCCUUGACAAACCACCAAAUGUAGGCCAGUGUAACACACACGUAUGCCCUGCUGAUGCUUCAUGGCAUCCAGGACCAUGGAACUCGUGUUCUGUGACCUGUGGAAAGGGAACGAAAGAUCGAGAUGUUCACUGUAUGUCAAAUGGCCAACAAGUGGAUGAUUCAAACUGUAAACACUUGAGGAAGCCUCGCAAGCAGAAGAUAUGUAGGACUGGCAGGUGUCCUUCAUGGAAAAGUGAAAAGUGGGAAGAGUGUUCUGCAACUUGUGGAGCAGGAAUCCAGUAUAGACAGGUGUAUUGUAGGACAAAAGGACAUGGUCGAGUAGAUGCAAAAUUCUGCAGUGCUGCUGCUCGCCCAGACAGUCACAAAUAUUGCACUUUACCUGACUGCAUACAGUACCUAUGGAUUACAGAUGAAUGGCCUGCUUGUUCCACAGAUUGUAAUCAAGAAGAGACAAGGAGGAAAAUAAAGUGUAUGGAUAUUCAAGGCAGAUCUGUGAAUGAAUCUUAUUGUGACUCAGCUACUAAGCCACCUGCCACUAAGAAGUGCAUAAAUUCUGCAUGCAGGAAUAUUGUGGUGACUGAAGACUCCUCUCAGUGUCCUAGAAGUUGUUGGCUUGGCUACAAGCAAAGACUAACGAAUUGCAGAAAAGUGCUCUCAAGGAACAAUCAGUAUAUAGAUGGCUUACGGACUGCCAGUUACAAGAGCUGUCCUGUACGGCAGUAUUCAUUUGAUUGGAAAUGCAAUGGACAACGUUGUGUCCAAACGCUUGUUUGGAAAGUUGGAAAAUGGAGCAAGUGUUCCGCAACAUGUGGUCUUGGCUUCAUGGAAAGAAAAGUAGUAUGUAUGACUGAACACAAUCUUUCAAGUGACCUGUGUCCAUCACAUGUGAAACCCCGAGCUAGGAAAUCAUGUUUGUCAAAAUACUGUGACUAUAAGAGCUGCAAUGAACUACGCUUGCUGAAUAACACCCACGUAGAUGGUGAAUAUUUAUUGAAAAUUACAAACAGAAAAGUAAAGAUUUACUGUUCAGGAAUGCAGACAGAUAAUCCAAAAGAAUACAUAACACUGGUUAAAGGUGAAGGGGAUAACUUUUCAGAAGUAUUUGGAUAUAGGCUGCGAAAUCCAUAUGAGUGUCCAUUCAAUGGCAGCAGAAGGCAAAACUGUGCAUGCAAAAAUGACUAUCUUGCAGCUGGACUAACUGUCUUCAACAAAAUAAGGCUUGAUAUAAUCUCAAUGCAAAUAAAAACUACAGAUCUUAUCUAUGCUCACACGCUGCUUGGAAGAGCAGUUCCAUUUGCCACAGCAGGCGACUGUUACAGCGCUGCCAAGUGUCCACAGGGGCAGUUCAGUAUCAAUCUUUCGGGCACCGGUUUUCAAGUAUCAGACACUGCCAAAUGGAUUGCUCAGGGGAAUUAUGCAAGUGUCAGUAUUCACAGAUCACAGGAUGGAGCUAAAAUAUAUGGAAGAUGUGGAGGUUAUUGCGGAAAAUGUGUUCCCCAUUCAACUUUUGGUCUCCAGAUUCAAGUGCAUGACCGUUAAAGGACACCUUAUUUACAUGAAAAUGAUUGCCUUUUUUCCUUUUUUUUUUCUAAUGACAUGUUGUCCUUAAAGAGGACCUUUCAUGGGUCCAGACAUUAUAAACUAAGUAUCAGGAUAU